AAAUUAUUGUAUUUUUCAUAUAAAAAUGAAUCAAAAGUUAGAAACAAUUGAAGCUCUUAUUUGCAGAGCUACGGAUGAGUAUUUGACUCAGGAAAACUGGGAGUAUAUUUUGGAUGUAUGUGAUUGUUUGAAUCAAGGAGGGGAUAUAAAAAUGGCAGUAUUUGUGCUUCAAAGACGGUUUUUAUGUGGGAAUGAGAGUAUUCAAUUAUAUUGUUUAAGCUUAGUUGAGGCACUUGUAAAAAAUUGUGGAUUAUCAGUACAACGAGAGGUUUCAUCAGAAGUAUUUAUAGAAAUAUUUUUAAAAUAUCUUGAAGACGUUAAUGCACAUUUUGUGGUUAAAGAACGAAUAUUAUUGUUAAUUCGACAGUUGGCACUUGAUUUUGCGUCUAGUCCUCUUUUUGAAUAUGUGAGAAAGGUUUAUCAACAACUUAAAUUUGAAUAUAAAUAUAUUCAAAAAGAAAACAAGAGAGAUGAGCAAGGAGAGAAAGAAGAAAAAGAACUUCAAUUAGCUUUAGCGCUUUCUUUGGAAAAAAAUGAAGAAAAUCCAUAUAAUUAUCAGAAAAAAACGAAAUAUAGUGAAUAUAAUCCAUUAACUUCCAAACGGGAUUAUUCUACAGCAAUUAUUUCUAGAGUAAGAGCUUUGUUUGAUUUUCAUGCUUCUGAACCGGGUGAAUUGUCAUUUCAAAGAGGAGACAUUAUUACUGUUUUGGAAGUAACACAUAAAGAUUGGUGGUAUGGAUCUUUGAAUGGGAAAAUGGGCAUUUUUCCUAAUAAUUAUGUUGAAAAACUUCAGGAGCCUACUCCUGAUGAACUUAGAAUGGAAAUUGAAAAUGAAAUAAAAGUUUUAUCUUAUGAAGAAAAUAUUGAAAAAUUGUUGGAAAUAUUAAGUAAUGUCGGUUUAACUGAAAAUAAUAAUAUUAUAGAAAGUGAAAAAUUUCAGAAUCUUUACCAUUCAACUUUAACGAUUCGUUCGAAUCUUAUAAAGCUUAUCAAAAAAUAUGCUCAAAAAAAAGGUUUUCAAGCGGUUUUUAAAAUCCAUUGUCUAAAUUUAGUAGACGAUAUUAUAUCUCUUAAUGAAAGAUUUGUUAAAGCUAUGAAAGAUUAUGAAAUUCUUAUGGAAAAAUCGAUGACGCAUUUUAGUUAUACGUCUUUGCAUAAUCAAUCUGUCCAGCAAUAUCAUGAUAAAAAACAUGAUGAUUUUCAAAAAUAUCCUUCCCAUUUGAAUUUUCCUUGUCAAAAUGAAGGUAUUAGUCAUUCAACAGAGUCUUAUUAUUCUGUUCGUCGUGAUAAUACAUAUUAA